AGCCAACCUUGCUAAUGAGGUUUAUUAAAAUCAGGAUCAAUGGAUUUCCGAGCGGUGGGGAUAGCUAUGCUAUUGCUGGCGCUCCUGAAUUUUGGAAGUGGGCAGGAGAAUAUUAAUGAAGUCAUUGCAAGUGGACCAAAACCAAUGAACUGGAUGAAAAGUGCUCAGAAUAUCCUUGCUGGGCCUGCUGGGCAAAUGAUGGUUCAGUUCGCUAAGGAGUUAAUAAGUCGAUCUUCAGGAAGUAGCCAAAUACUCAGCUUGAAUUUGGGUAAUUUCUUCGUUUUGCUAAUUCUGAAGGCGUUAAUAUUCGCUGUGAGCAUGAUUGGAGCGGGAAAUUGGAACCAUUAUGCAAGACGUAUGGAUGCUGAAGAGACAAUAUUUUCGGCUGGGGAGCCUUCGCUUCUAAUCGGAUAUUUGGCAGCUCAAGGAUCUGGAAGAGAUGGAUGUUUACACAAAGCAGCCUGCAAGGCACCGCGAGUAGCUUUUGAAUAUUCUAAGGCAGGAAAGGCUCUGUUAGAUGGAAUUGAAAUGUUCCAAGGGAACAUCAGUGAUAAAGCUCGCUAUCAAAAUCUUAUCAAUUUAGUGGAAAAGUCUGCGUUCGAUGGAUAUAAGGGGGCACCAUGCGAUUUGAUAUAUCGAUGCGAUCUUUAAGCUACGCAUUAGUUUCUCAUUAGGAAAUCAG